AUGUGUAUUGAUGGUUGUUUUCUAAAAACAUUCUUGGGAGGAAUGCUAUUAAGUACAGUUGGGAGAGAUCCUAACGAGCAAAUGUAUCCAUUGGCUUGGGCUGUUGUUGAGGGUGUAAACAAUGAUUCAUGGCAGUGUUUUAUUUCUAAAUUGAAGAAGUGUGUGCCUCAUGAUAAUGGUAAAGAGUGGAUAGUAAUAUCAGAUGAACACCAGUAUACUGUUGUGAUUUGUAUAUAUAUUGUUGUUUAUGCUGUGAUUUAUAUAGUAUACUGUUGUUUAUGCUGUGAUUUAUAUAGUAAUAUAGUAAUACACUUAUCUAUUGUACAGAGCAUUUUGAGGGCAGUCCAACUUGAGCUUCCAAAAGCAGAACAUAGGCAUUGUGCUAGGCACAUCUACGCAAAUUGGAACAAGUCAUUCAAAGGAGAAGACAUGAAAUUACUGUUUUGGAGAUGUGUCAAAGCAUACAACUUGGCUGAUUUUGAGGAAGCAAUUAGUGAGAUGGAGGAUGUAAAUCCGGUUUUUGUUGAUGCCUUUAAGAAAUGUGGUCCACACUUGUUUUGUAGAUCUUUUGUCAAACUAGAAGGAAAGUGUGAUGUUAUUUUGAGCAAUAUGGUCGAAACUUUUAACAAUUACAUUAUGAAUGUUAGAUCACAUCAUUUAAUAGAUAUGCUUGAAGAAAUUAGAUCAAUGCUAAUAAAGAGGAUGGCUAAUAAAAAGGAAGAGGCGUUGAUGAAGUGGAAGGGUUUGUUAUGUCCAAAGGUACAAAAAACGUUAGAUUCAGAGAAGCAAGAAGCAGCUAAGUGCAUUGUCAUUCCUUCAACAUCAACUCGUUUCCAAGUAGCGCAUUAUAUGGAUGUUUUAGAGGUUGAUAUUGAAACUAAAACUUGCACUUGCAGGAAAUGGGAUUUAAGAGGGAUUCCAUGUUGUCAUGGAGUUGCAUCUAUUUUUUACUUGUAUAAGGAGGUUGAGUCAUACGUUGAUCAGUGCUACACUAAAGAGGCUUAUUUGAGAGCCUAUGAAGGAAACAUCAAUCCUUGUAUUGGCGAGAGGCAUUGGCCUAAAAUUGACAAACCAAUCGAUCCUCCUCCAAUGAAGAUUGGUCUUGGUAGACCACGAAAAAACAGAGUCAAGGGUCCGCAUGAAGAUCCUAAAAAACCAGGAAAGCUCUCAAGACACGGUCUUCAAAUGACAUGUGGCAUUUGCAAUAAGGUUGGACAUAGCAAAAGAAAGUGUCCGAAAAAGGGUAAAGUGAUUGAGCAACCAUCUCCAUUGAAGAGAAGUAGAGGAAGACCAAAAAAAAUUGUUGAUGUAGCAACCAGCACACCAGAGUUAUCCCAUCACAACAUGUCUGCACAACCUAGUUCUUUAGGUAAAGGCAACAGGACAAUUAGAAUAGGGGAAGGGAGUAGAGGGGAUAAGACUGGUAGUGCAAGCGGAAGGAGUGGUGUCACUACUGCUAAAAGGGGAAAGCCAAGGAAGAACCCUACUGAAAUAAUAUCAACCCAAGCAUCGACAACAAAGAAUUGA